GGAGCUGGUUGCUCACUUAUUCAUUUGACCUGAUAUGUUUGAAAGCGCAUCAAGCCUGCCGGAAACUUUCACUUGGGUUGGCCCCAACCACAUUUGCUCUCGGCUUUCCGUGUACAGCUUUGCCCUUAUGGUUAGCGAUGGGGUUCUGCGUGAAGUACUUAGGCAGGCGCUUAGACCACAUGGCACGCACCGAGCGCCGGACGCGCCCGCAGAGCCCUCUUGGAGCCCCGAGCAGUGGAACGAAGCAUUCAGCUACUUGUUCCUGGCAUCACCUGGCUCGCGCCACGCGGUGCUUGAGCACCAGGAUGACAUGCUGUGGUUCGUCACGGCCCCGCCAGCCCUAGCCGCCGGCACCGCGCCCGUCACGCUGCGGAGGAAUGUGUCGUCGUUACUGCCGCCGGAGCUACGGCCGGGCGGGCGGGACUUUUGCUCGGUGGACUGGGCGGCCAGCGUGCAGCUCAACCUGGUGGUGCAGGCCACCUUCAUACUGACUGUAGUACAGUGCGAGGAAUCUGCGCUGGCGGCGGUGGCGCAGGCCAGCAACACCGCGCCGGGGACUUACAGGGCGCACGUGCACGAGCUUGAGGCACCAGCCGCAACCAACGACAGCCUGCACUCCAACACCAGCAGCCUCACCCUGUGCCAGGAGCAGCACGCGCGCCUACAUGGCCUUGCCGGCACGGUGGUGGCGCAGCGGCGGGUGUACGCCUCGCCCAUGUCUGCGGAUGUGAACCUCGAGGACGCCAAGGCCGGCCGGCCGCCCGCCGCCUGCUACCCGGACGUGAGUUUCAGCGUGGACAACUUCGAGAGCGGCUUCGAGGAUAUGGUGCUGUCCCGCACCGGCGACUGCUAUUGCGUCAUGCUGCAUGUGCACGCACCGGCAACCACAGCCAAACCAUCAGCACCUUCGCCAGCGAUGCCACCUAGUGCCGACUCAGCCUCCCACUCCGUCACCAGCACAAGCAGCACCGAGGUCAGCGGGACGAAAGCGGGGCGACAAGAGAGGCGAGCUACGCUGUUCUCAGCCUACGUCACACGCGAGCAGGUCGCAGCCUACAUCGCCACAAAGCUGCCGCCGCCAUCCAAACCCAGCCUACUGAACCGGCUUCUCGGCGCGCCGGCGGCAAGCUCCAGCUCUGCUCGCAGUGCACAGCUGCUGGGGCGUAAGGAGCGUGUAGUUAUGAGCGGCCCAGCGGGCGUGGGGCGGGCGGAGGCGCUGGCAGUGACGGUAGGGGCUCCGUUGGCGACGGCUGAAGCAGCGCCCGCAGCAGGGGCGGGUUCGGGAAUUGGGGCGAGGGGCGGGGGAUCGGCACCACAGGCGCUGCAAAUGUCGCUCAUGUGGAUGAGCCUGCCGGCGCACGCGCUGGCGCGCGCGGUGCUGCAGUUCGCGUGUGAGGCGCUAUGACACGCAGCCAAGCCCGGGUUGA